UAAAGCAUUCCAAUUUUACGGUUUAUACACUUCAAAUUCUGAUGGUAUGGAAUAAUUGGCCUCCGAAAUGUCCAGUCGUGGAUAACAUUGAACCCGCUACAGCUUGGGAAUUCUUUCGGUCACUAGAGUUAACAUUAUCGUGUCAAAUUUGACAAAAGGUGUCCAUCCACACACACCCACACCCAAAAGUGAAUAGUUCUUUACAACUAAUUUAUUUAUAUGACUGCAUGUCAUGGAUCAUAUUUGAUGAAUGGUUAUACUAUCCAUAUUUUAUUUUUAUUUUCAAAACUAUUGAAACGAAAUAUUUCAUGUACAUUUGCAUAUGGUUGACUCAAUACAAAAUGUAGCUUUAUAUCUGUGCAUAAUCAAUAUCGUGCACAUUCAAAAGAUCAUGAAUCUAUUUUUGAAAAACUCUAUAAAUAUGAGGUCCCUACGAAAUUGAUUUGGUUCUGGCAAUAACUGAGCUGUCCUUCAGUUUCAGUUUCAAUGGUGAAACUGUGCCGUGCAAAGGAGUAAAUGUCACGGGUUAUCCCAAAAUGAAAGAGCAAUACAAGCGCUGCAACAAAACCGUUUACGAUGGGUAUAAAAAACGAGGCGAAACCGCCGAGAUGGUCCCAGCUUUACUUUGUACAGCGCAAUGUGUUUUUAUAGAGGACAAAUUGGUGAACACCAAAACGGGAAUGCUCAACAAAGCUGGGCUUGACAACUACAAAGAAAUGUUUGACCAUAUUCCUGAGCUAGUUCGAAAAGAUAUCAAGAAAGUAUUUUACGACUGCUUCGAAACGAAUAAAAACAGUACUGUUUAUGACGCAAAGAAACCAAAUGAAUGCAGUGGGAUCACUAAUGUCGCAAUCUGUGUAAAAGCGGGCAUCGAUGGAAUCUGCAACCCUGAAUCAGCGGAUGAAGAGUGAAAUAGAGUCGAGAUCCUAUUACAUUUAAUUAAUAAAGGUCUAAAUAAAAAUCGACUUUGUUAAAAUCAAAUGUUA